CCUGGUUACCCUCUGUCAAUCCCUCCCUGAGUUCCUGUCCAUCAGCCACUGUCCCCUUCCCUAUUUCCAGAAAGUUCUCCCCUCCUCGGUGGGUGACUGGAUCAGGAACAAGGGUCCCUCCCUGUCACAUUCCCUAUUGGCGAGCCGGCAUGUUUGUCACGAGUUUGUUCCGUCCCAAGUUCUCUCUCAUUGGUUGAAAUGUUCUAUGUUCCGUCCCUUUAUAAUCGGCUGUACCCCUGCCUCGUGGUCCCGACUCGGCUGGCGUUCCCUGGAGACAUUAAAGCACUCUGGACUUUGCCCUGACUCGGGUCCCUCUUUUCUCCUUCGCCUUCUUGCUGAUCACUGCUGCCUCCUGCUGAGGCGCUGCCCGGACGCCCCCGGCGCAUCUGGGCAGUGCCCCCCGGCUGUCAGUUGCUGUGCCACAGCUCGGCCGGUGCAGCCUCCUCCCCCGCCCGGGGGAGUAGAGAAAAAACCUCGGACAGCAACUCGGCAGUUUUGGCGCCCAACGUGGGGCACUGGACAGCCCCGGACCCCGCGGCAGGAGGUUAGUGGCCAGCAGGCAGGUUUUGCCCUUCCUGCAUGGUUCAUCGGUUGCUCCGUGGACGUCAAGACUACCCUGUCUGUGAGCAGACCUCGUUGUAGAGGCGUGGCUCCGGACCGGGACGGGAUCGGCAGCUUCUGCACCCCGGAGUCGGUCCCCGGCGAAGUCCCUUCCCUUGGAGUUUUAUCCCAGUCGGCGCUGGUCAGAGGGUUGCAGUUAGUCGAGUCAGUUAAGAUCAUGGACUCCCAGUGCCAUCUUGCGAUGGUCGCACCUCAGGCACCAGGUACCUGGAACCGGAUCAAGAUUGGACCCUUCUUCAUCAUGAUUUCGCUCCUGUUGAUGAUCCACCCAGCCGACCCCUGGAUCGUUCCCCAACCAAAGGCGAAUGUCUGGCGAACCUUGGCUCAAGCGAUGGGGCAAGACCACCUGUGCCUAUCAACAGCUUCUGCAGCAGACCCCCUCUCGACUUGUCUUGUGGGAAUUCCAUUUGGGUUGGAUGAUUUUCCCCCUCCCUUACUCCCCCACCUAAAGCACCUGUUUCCGGAGUUCGACCCUGUUGGUUCCAUCAAUCCCAGUUACUGGUGGGAAAAAAUCAUGAAACUUCUUAAUUAUACCACUGAUGAGCCCACGGAAUUCGAGCUGCUCGGCUCCGCACGCGCCUCCCUCUGCCUCCAUUUCCUCCCUCACCAAGGUGCGAUCCCAGACCGGGUAGUACACUUUAAGAAUGAGAGAUAUCAAACAAAGAACUGGUGCAAUUUCACCACCACCGUUUAUGUUCCCAAUACCUUUUAUUUGAAACCCGCACUCCUCCCUAAAGGCGCGUUCCUAAUUUGCGGUAACCGAGCGUGGGCUGGAAUUCCCCCUCGCCUGUCCGGAGGGCCCUGCACUUUUGGGCGGUUGACGCUGCUUACCCCCAACUAUACUCAAAUUCUCAAUUGGAAAAGGAAAAAUGUCACACAAGAUUUGGCCAGAGUUAAGAGAGACACCCACAAAAUUGACCCAGAAUGUGACACCGAAAUUGUUCAUUGGUCUAGACCCAGAAAUAUUGCGGUUUCGGUAUUUUUGCCGUGGGUGGCCGCAGCUAAAGCACUAGGGGAAUUGGGCAACCUCGAGUGCUGGGUGGCAAAGCAAGCGAAUUUGACCUCAACUGCCCUAGCGGACCUCCUAGCUGACGAGGAAACAACGAGGAAAGCGACCCUCCAAAAUAGGGCGGCAAUCGAUUUCCUUUUGUUACUCCACAACCAUCACUGUGAGGAGUUCGCGGGGCUCUGCUGCAUGAACCUGUCGUCACGAGCCGAGGACGCCAGACACACCAUCCGCCAGAUGUCCGAGGACGUCAACAACAUCCGACAACAGACCUCGGACUGGUUGGGGGACUGGCUAUCCAAAAUGGGAGUGACAGGCUGGGUGGGCUCCAUCAUUCGUACCAUUUUAGUUAUUAUCUUCGUUUUGCUCUGUUUAAUUUUUGGUUUCUGCAUAAUCUAUAAGUUACUGACCAGAAUUUUGUUUGCCUCAACCCCCCAAAUCAACCAUGUUGAGGCUCCUGCUGACCCUGCUCCCAUCCCUGAAGAACUUUCCUGUGAAAAGACGCAUUGGGAGCAAGCCCCUCAAUCCUCCCUAUGGUUUUCAGUUACUACACCAGUUUAAGGACAAUUUCAGUUUUAUUUUUAUUUUAAACAAAGAAGAGGGAGAUGUUGUGGUGCAGGGUUCAUUUGGUUUCUUCCGUUUCCCCCUAAAGUUAUAAUGGUUCGGUCCUAGGGUUCCCCCCCCCCACCUCCCCUGGCAACCCCUCCUUUUGAGAGUAUCAGUUUUUUGUCUCCACCCUUGUUCCCCUGGUUACCCUCUGCCAAUCCCUCCCUGAGUUCCUGUCCAUCAGCCACUGUCCCCUUCCCUAUUUCCAGAAAGUUCUCCCCUCCUCGGUGGGUGACUGGAUCAGGAACAAGGGUCCCUCCCUGUCACAUUCCCUAUUGGCGAGCCGGCAUGUUUGUCACGAGUUUGUUCCGUCCCAAGUUCUCUCUCAUUGGUUGAAAUGUUCUAUGUUCCGUCCCUUUAUAAUCGGCUGUACCCCUGCCUCGUGGUCCCGACUCGGCUGGCGUUCCCUGGAGACAUUAAAGCACUCUGGACUUUGCCCUGA